AUGGAGAAUGGGAAGUUGAAUCUCAACGAGCUACCAAGCACUGUUCAAUUGGUAAAGGUAACCGCCAGCAAGUUGAAUCAGAAACUUCAGAUAGGGGAGCUACCGCAAGGGAUAACCUCUCUGAUAUUCGAAAACGUCACGUUCAACUCGGGCGACGCUGUGGUGGAGCACAGCGUCGACCUUAAGAGGUUCGUCUGCAGGUAUUGUGGUCUGACCUCCAUCUCGUUCCCUGCCAAAAGUGGGCUGCAGGAGUUGGAUCUAAGCGGCAAUACCCUCACCACCGUCUUGCCGUCACCUCUUCCUGGGAGUGAACUCGCGCUGAUCAUGCAAAACUGCACAAUGAAUAUGUCGCUCACGAACGUCUUGAAGUUGCUGCCCCGUAACGUGCACACAAUUGACUUCAGCUACUCCAAGAUCCCGGAUAUUCAGGAAGGAAUUGCGAAGCUGCCAUCGCAUCUACAGACGGUUAAGUUGAACGGCUGCCACCUUGGCGCCGAGGUCUCUUCGUUAACCGAUGCCCUGAAAUCCGCCUCGGAAAGCAUUCAAGAGCUGGCCCUAAAAGACUGUGGCUUGACGGGUGGUCUCGGGAAACUCCGCCAUUUUGGCCCCCUGCGCAGCCUCGACUUAUCGAGCAACCGCAUCUCGUCCGUGGCGUGGGAGGAGCUACCGCCAGCUCUGGAACAUUUGAGUAUCGGUGAAAACGCUCUUGUUGGUGGUCUUCCCGUGCGCCGCCUUCCCCGCUCCCUCAGGCUGCUUGAUGUAUCCCACAAUGGACUGUCGGGAGGCAUCAACGUUGGUGAGCUGCCACCAACUCUGACGACGCUCGAUAUCAGCCAUAACAACUUCACUGGGCACCUCGACCUUACCCAACUCCCAGAUUCCAUCCUCUACGUGCACGUGGAACACAAUGGGUUUCAAGGCACUCCCGACCUGGUUGAGAUUCCAAUUGGGAUUCGCAAAAUUAUGAUACAUGAUAAUAACUGGGACUCGCUACUUCCCGCCUUGUGA